CAGUUUCCGAACAUCGUUCGUGCAGUAGAAGCAUAUCAACCACGCCGUUAACGUUGACCCGCUAGCAAUUCAGAAAGCUGCAAGUGCAAAGUCGCAACACGCGACGCUCUGUAAGACGCAGUUUCACGAGUACUUAACCACCGCAUUUAGAUUAAAAUGCAUGUAGAAUCAUGUCUAGAAUAAUGCGUGGCAUACUCUCAGUCGCGUUCUAAGGCGCAGACCGUGGAAGCAGUGCCAAAACUGCAGAAAUGGACCGCCAGGAAGCGUUGCGGGAUAUAUUCCGACUCAUAGAUGUUAACGGCAAUGGGCAAAUUGAGCUGAAGGAGCUUAAGGCUCUGGCCACCGACCCGACAGCUCAGGGCAAGCUGCUGGAGGCCAAUGACACGCUCACGUGGCUGGACCUGGAUGGGGACCGCCAGGUGUCGGAGGAGGAGUUCAUGCAGGUGUUUGACUUCGUGGGCACGGACAUGAGCGACCGCGAGUUCGAGCUGCUGCUGGAGGACAUGCGGGCGCAGGCGGCGUCGGCGGGCGUGGGCGCGGCAUUAAGUCGUGAGGCGCUGCUCAAGCGCGUGUUCCAGGCCCUGGACAAAGACAACUCGGGGUACAUCGAGAUGCACGAACUCAAAACGCUCGUGGGGCAGGUGGCGCCGGCGGAGUCUCUGGAGCGCGCCCACGGCACGUUGCGUAUGUUUGACACCAACGAGGACGGCCGCGUGUCAGCAGACGAGUUCCUGGGUGUGUUUGAGUUCCUGGGCCAGGACAUGGACGAUGCCGAGUUUCAGGGCCUGCUGUCGCGGCUGCAGGAGAAGGGCUUUGAGGCGCUGUACGAGGGCGACUACACGCACCCGCACUCGUGUCGGGCCUGGCUGGCGGGCGAGGUGGUGCCCACACUGCGCGAGGGGCUGUUGGCGCUGCUGAAGGAAGUGGAGAAGAACAAGCUGGACCUCGCGACGGGUGUGCCGUGGGACGGCGGUGCGCACAUGCCGCGCGGCUGGCGGCCCUUCUCGCCGCUGCGCUGGCUGAGCGAGUGGCUGGUGCGCGCCGCCACCGCGCCGCCGCCCGGGUCGGUGCCGGAGGGCGGCGGCCUGGAUGGACUGGACGCGUUCGGGCUGGCGCAGCACAUCAGCCUGGAGUCUAUGAAUCGGGCCGAGAAGAUCGCCUACGUCUUCAGCCAAAUCGACGCCGGGAACGCUGGCUACAUCCUGGCCGACCACCUGGUGCACACGGUGCAGCUCAUCUUCGCGGACGGCGCCGCGGGCGUCACGGACGCGCACAGCAUCAUCGACCCCGUGCUGGCGACCAUGGGCAUCAACCCCGUGGACAGCACCAUCGACAAGGACGAGUUCGAGCAGGCCAUCACACAGAUGACCUCCAUGCUGAGCGAGGAGGAGUUUGACGAGGCGGCCCGGGUGGUGGUGGCGCAGCGCGACUGGCGCUACUGCCGCUCCCGCCCCGACAAGUUCCGCUACCUGUUCCGCAGCCUGGACCUGGACCACUCCAACCAGCUCAACCUCAACGAGCUCAAGGUCCUGGCCCAGCGCAUGGACCCGGACACCAACGAGGAGACCAUCGCCGCCACACUGGAGUUCCUGGACAAGGACGGCUCGGAGCAGGUGUCGGCUGAGGAGUUUGUUGAGGCCAUGUCCAGCCUGCUGGCGCACAUAGACGCCGACGCCGAGCUGGACGACAUGGUUCAGCGCAUGCUGCACAUGCGCUCGGACGCCGACCCCGCACACGAGGUGGAGCCGGCGCAGCUGGCGGACUUCGUGCGGGGGCUGCGCACACACAUCGCCGCGGCGCAGCUGCCCACCUCCACCAUUAUGGACAAGCUGGCGGGGCGGCAGCCGCUGGUGCUGCUGGACGUGCGGCCUGACGAGGAGCGCCUCGUGUCCGUCAUGCCCGGAGCCACACACGUGACGCUCACGCCGGCGCCCGCCGCCACCUGGGGCUACGUGCUCACGGGCGGCGCGCCGGCGGCGGCGGCCGUGGUGCGCGAGGCGCUGGCCACCGCCACAGCCACCGCGCUGCCCACCGCCGCGCCGCCCGUGGUGGCCUGCUACUGCUCCACCGGCGAGCUGGGCGGCGUGGCGGCGCUGCUACUGAGCGACGCGCUGCGCAUCACCGUGUACAACGUGUGCGGCGGCAUCAUCAACUACUACAACCAGGGCGGCAGCGUGUGCCGGCUGGGCGAUGGCAAGCAGGUGCAGGCGCUGCACCCAGGCAGCCAGCAGCAGCGGGCCUUCAUCACGCGCCCCAACAAUUUCCGCUGAGCAGGGGCGGUGGUUUAAGAGGCAGCGGCGGAGGCGAGGUGAUCACUGUGGGGCUAUAGCAGGUGGAGAAUACAGAAUACAGUAGAUGCUAGAGGACGCGUCCAUGGAAGACGCACAGACGGGGGCCAAAUGGCUGCUGAGGCAUCGCGAGUCGAGCACGAGCGUGUGGGCGAGUUUGGUACUGGUGUGGCUUUGAAGUCAGGCUCGAGGACUUGUGGUGAAGAGUCGGCGCGCAGCAUGUGUGGCGCCGCCGCCGCCUAAUGAAGUCGAUACGCGAGUCCUGGACUGCCCUGGCGAGACGGUGGCGGGCACUGGGCAGCUCGCCGCAGCGUGCACGCGAGUCGUGCCGCCUGCCGUCACACUCGUAUGUCUCACUGCCAUCACUCGGUAUACAUAGCGCAGGUAUGCUUCAGCCGCCGAUGCCGGAGCGCGCUUGCUGGUUGUCGAGCGUGUAGGGCACACUUUCUCCGUCUUCGAGCGCUCGUUCGUGGCUUUUCGACACCGAUCGCAAUGUGAGCGAGCGUUAAGCUGUGCCGAUGUAUUGGCGUCCCCAAAUCAAUGCA